CACUAUCGUCAUUCCGCCUGAGCAGAAGCGUAGUUCUUCAACAUCACUCAACGAACCUGUGAUUUCAUCCCUACUGGAACUCCUUGUGGAUUAUGGCGAGUAUGUCCAACACGUCUACUACCACGCGAUGCAAAUCGCCUAUUCCCCCAGACGUCAUAAUCGCCAAAAUCCAGCACGCCAAUUUAGGCGCGCUCGCUGUGCCCGGAAAUGGCGGGUACUAUCUCAAGUAUCCAGAGGGCAAGGUCGUCGCCAUUGCUUCUGACCGGCUAUGUUCCGUUUUGGACGAUUCGAUCAUGUCGGACGGCAAGUACGAAGAGGCCAACGAAACGAUGGAGGAUCUACGGAAAGCUGGGAUCGACGCGGAUAAGCUUAAAGCAGAAGCGAGCGAAGAAAUCAAGAACGGUGCAUGCGUCCUCGAUGGUGAUUUUGAUGGGGACAGCCGUGAUGAUGGUCAACAACCGAAGGCUGAGUCUUAGCAAAUGUCCGCUACUUUGCCAGAGAGCAUUGAUAUUCUACUCCUUUAUAAAUAGCGGCUUAUCAGGUUGCUUAUCACUGAAUCCGGGCCUGUAACCGGACAACUGACAUCUAGGAAAGAGAGCGGAGGUCAUAUUCCAUGGAUAGAA